GUCAAUUAAAGUGUCAAAAUUUGGCACCUGACUUAAAAAUUCCAGAAAUGGACGAUUCAAACUUACUUUGCAUAAGAUUUGCUUUUGGGGUACCCUUGGAAGACAUAUUCCCGCCAAGUGGCAUCCACCCCAGACUAAAAAACCUGUUUAAUGAAACAAUAAUUGCCCUAAAUAACAAUCCUUUCCCCUUAUCGCGCAUUAUCAAAAUUCGUGAAAAGCCUGUAAACACAGGAUUGAACUUGAAAGAAAACCUACUUUCGGGCCAACUCUACGAGAAGUCCAUUCACCCUUUGACCUUUUUUUGGAUAAUUCGACACUUUUUGGGUGUUUUGCCGUUACCUUUGUUUGCUAAAUACUCAAAUGGGAGAAAAUUUAACUGGGAGUUUUUGGCCGGUCAGUGUCGAAAACACAAAAUGAGAGCGAGUUAUCAGUUAGAUUUAGAAAUUUCCUGGGCAAUUCAUCGACUCCCCCAGGCCCACAUUGCGUUAAUUUACGCUCUGGUGAAUUUUUUCAGAACGAUUUCACUCAGACGAUACAGUGAUAAGCUCGAUAAGACGAGUGUUACAUCUCUUGUUGUUUAUUUUAGCUCGUCUUUGUUUGUUCGGCCUUACAGACCCGGAUUUGUUAACAAAGCCGAGAGGAUUUAUUUUUACUUAUUGUUUUAUUUAAUUGUGAACUGGCAAAGGAUUAAAAGGAAGAAAUGUGAACGUUUCGUGAUAUUAAACAGCAAAUUGCCGUCGAUUGUUGAAAGUGACGAAUCAGAUUUUUUGGAAAAUACAUUAAUCGAUUUUGGUUGUCAAACCAGUUUUUUAUCACAAAGUGACAAUCGUGUGGAUCGGGAAAUUCAAGUACCAGAAGAAGAAGACGAUGAAAGUACAAUCACUGAUACAAUCUAUAACACAAGGGAAUCACAGAAAUCAGAAAUGUGCUUGCAAUCAGUUAAAGAAGAAACAGAAGAAAAUGCUCCAAAUUCCGACUACGAAGAAAUUUCUUAUGAACACAGUGAUACAAAAAUUUGUGACAAAAAGACUCAUCUGACUCCGAAAAUUCUUCUCAGAGAAAAACUAUUCAGAGCUAACAGAUCCCUAGUUAAUGUGAUUGGAAAACUAAAAUCGAAACAAGAUUUAAUCAAAUCAAAAAGUGGUUCGAAAUUAAAUUAUAAAUAUAAUUUAUUGAAAGAUCCCACCAUUACAAAAGUCCGUUCUCUACACAUAAAUAACUGCGUGAAAGAGUCUCCUAAUAUUAAAUAUAAAAAACUGUUAACUUUGUAAAUAAAUUUCAGUUUGUCCUGUUUUUUA